AUGGAUUAUGAUACAGUGUGUAGUAUGAAGGUUGAAGAACUGAAGUCUUAUUUACGUCUUCGUGGCUUGAAAAUAUCUGGAAAGAAAGAAGUUCUUGCAGCUCGAGUCUAUUGUGCAGUGGAAAACAGUGUUACGCUUAUUAAAACAGCUGAAGAGGUGGAUCAUGAUAUACUUACUGAGUACAAAAGAAAACUUUUUAUAAACGGUGUUGAACUACCUGAUCCUUUUAAGCUUAGUAAUGGUUGGUUAUCAGAAGAUGAAGGUCUAACUUGUUGGCCUACAUUGUUAUAUCCUGAUAUUUACAAUUAUUUGUUAUUUAACCCUGCUGAAAUUGCAAGUAAAGACUUAAGUGACUACAAAACGUGUAAAGCUUAUAGUUAUUUUAAAUGUGGCUGGCUUGAACCUUUAUUUUACCAUCAAAUAGGAAUAGAGAGUGAAUAUUGCUAUUUAAAAGGGAACUGUAGGAAAUCUGAAAAAAUUAAUGAUCCCUUUCACAAGCUAUGGAUUAUUAUUAAUAAAAAAACUGCUAAAAUAAUUGCAGCACAUUGUACUUGUCUAGCUGGUCUAUCGCAGACAUGUAAUCAUGUUGCUGCAAGCCUCUUUCGAAUAGAGGCUGCAGUUAGAAAUGGUUUGACAAAUGUAGCUUGUACUAGUUCAAAAUCAGAGUGGCUUCCAAAUUACAUAGCAAAAGCAAUCGAAACUGUUGCUCCUCAUAGCAUUAUAACUUCUGCUGUACCUAAACCUGAAAUUUAUUAUAUGGAAGAAUUAAUCGUGUUUGAAAAUGUUACCAAACCUACAAUUUUGACCAUGGAUGAUAUCAUUGUUAUGUCAGACAAUAAAUUUUCUGAGUUAUAA